AUGGCCGGUAACAGGACAACCGUCACCGAAUUUUUUCUACUCGGUUUCCAAGGUCAUGAGCCUUUAAAUAUCUUGCUUUUUGUGGUCAUCUUCCUUGCCUAUGUCAUAACUUUAACUGGCGAUUGUCUGAUCAUCGCAGUAGUGUCAAAGAGCCAACGCCUCCAGUAUCCAAUGUUUUACCUCCUCAAACAUCUCUCAGUUUCUGAAAUCUUGUUUACUGGCAAUAUCACUCCUAACAUGCUCUAUAUAUUACUGAGAGAUGGUGGAACCAUGUCCUUUGCUGGUUGCAUCAUUCAGUUCUACCUCUACAUUGCCUCGGGCACUGUAGAGUCCCUUAUCCUCACCGCCAUGUCCUAUGACCGCUAUCUGGCCAUCUGUAACCCAUUACGGUACACCGACAUGAUGAACCUCCAGCAUUGCCAAGCACUGGUUAUAGCAUCGUGGAUACUGAGUUUCACAGUUGUUUUAAUAACAAUUAUUCUUUUAUGUCAACUGGAGUUUUGUGACUCUAACAUCAUUGACCAUUUCUUCUGUGACUUUGCACCCUUGGUGGACCUGUCUUGCUCAGACAGUUCUAUAGUGAGAAUAGAAGUUGUGGUGCUCUCCAUUCCUGUAGUCGCCUCCACGUUUUCCUUUAUUAUCUGGACUUACAUGUGUAUUUUCCUCACUAUCCUCAGGAUCUCUUCCGUCAUGGGGAGGCAGAAGGCCUUCUCCACCUGUAGUUCUCAUUUGACUUCGGUGUGCUCUUAUUAUGGUCCCCUUAUUGUAAUAUAUAUGGUGCCAUAUCAAAAACAUUCUCAUGUUGUGACAAAAUUCUUAUCAAUACUGUAUACUGUGGUGACCCCGUUGUUUAAUCCCCUUAUAUAUAGCUUGAGAAACGAAGAGCUUCGAAAUGUUCUGUGGAAAUUUUUGAACAUCAAAAUGAUUAUCUAA